CCGAGAACAGGAAAACAUCCACAAAUUCCCAAGAUGUCCCCUAGGGGGCAGCACGUCCCCGGUGAGAAGGGCCGAACUGUAAAACUGCGCGAGCCUUGAAGACAUUCCUGCUUUAUAGAGAUUCCAAGACCCGAGGUGGUGUAUCUUUGAUUCUCAGAACAAUCUUGCACAUAUGGGAAUUGUUAUUUCCAUUUUAGGAAUUGGGAAAGUGAAGUUUUCAGAGAUUAAGUGACUUCCCCAAGAUCACAACACCACACUGUAUCAAUGCUGAGUCUGACCUGAGAUUCCAAAAAGCAGUUUCACUUUGGUUGUCUCCUGUGGCCACAAGGAAAGUUAUUUGACUGUCUCGGUGAGGAGCCACCGUGCAUUCGAGACCAUGGAUAAAUAUGAUGUGAUUAAGGCCAUUGGGGAAGGUGCCUUCGGGAAAGCUUUCUUGGCUAAAAGGACAUCGGAUAGCAAGCACUGUGUUAUAAAGGAGAUCGAUUUUGCAAAGAUGCCCACCCAAGAAAAAGCAGCAUCAACGAAAGAAGUAGUUCUCCUGGCAAAGAUGAAGCAUCCCAACAUCGUAACCUUCUUCAGUUCGUUUCAAGAGAACAAUAGGCUGUUUAUUGUGAUGGAGUAUUGUGACGGAGGGGAUCUCAUGAAAAGGAUCCAUAGACAACGGGGAGUGUUAUUUAGCGAAGAUCAGAUUCUGAGUUGGUUUGUACAGAUUUCUCUAGGACUAAAAUAUAUUCACGACAGGAAGAUCUUACACAGGGACAUAAAAGCACAGAACAUUUUUCUUAGCAAGAAUGGAAUGGUUGCAAAGCUCGGGGACUUCGGGAUAGCAAGAGUUCUGAACAAUUCCAUGGAACUUGCUAGAACUUGUAUUGGAACACCUUACUACCUGUCCCCAGAGAUCUGUCAGAAUAAACCCUACAACAAUAAAACGGAUAUUUGGUCUCUUGGCUGUGUCUUAUAUGAGCUUUGCACACUCAAGCAUCCGUUUGAGGGUAACAACUUACACCAGCUGGUUCUGAAGAUUUGUCAAGCACAUUUUGCCCCAAUAUCCCCGAGGUUUUCCCAUGACCUGCAGGCCUUGAUAUCUCAGCUCUUCGAAGUAUCUCCCCGAGAUCGGCCAUCUAUUAAUUCCAUUUUGAAAAGGCCAUUUUUAGAGAAUCUUAUUGCCAGAUACUUGACUCCUGAGGUCAUGCACGAGGAAUUCAAUCACGGCAUCACUCAUAAAGCAAGAUCAUUGGCUUCUCAACCUCCAGGGAAGAGGAUCCAAGAUUCUAAAAUACAGAAAGCGAGAUUCCAGGCAAAGUGCCUACCAAGAUCAAGGAUAUCAGUGCCUGUUAAAAGGAAGGAAAUAUUACAUAGAAAUGAAUGGAGACCACCAGCUGGAGCCCAGAAGCCCAUAGCCAUAAAAAUGGUAGAAAGGCCCAAACUUCCUGCACUCUGUGGUCAUUAUGAUUAUUAUUAUGCUCAACUUGACGUGUUGCGGAAGAGAACUCAUGAACCAAGUUACCACUGUGUUCCUCCAAAAGAUUCUGGAGUGGAGGAGAAUUAUAAACAGGAAGAAAGCCACAGUCCAUCACCAGGUCAAUGGCCUGCUGAAUACCUUCAGAGGAGAUUUGAAGCUCAACAGUAUAAGCUGAAAGUGGAAAAGCAGUUGGGUCUUCGUCCAUCUUCUGCUGAGCCAAAUCACAACCAGAGACAAGAGCUAAGAAGUAAUGGAGAAGAGUCUAGAUUCCAGGAGCUGCAGAUCAGGAGAAACAAAAUGAAGGAACAGGAGUAUUGGAAGCAGCUAGAGGAAAUACGCCAACAGUACCACAAUGACAUGAAGGAAAUUAGAAAGAAGAUGGGGAGUGAACUAGAGGAGGACUCAAAAAUAAGUUAUAAAACCUAUUUAGUGAAGAAAAGUGACCUGCCCGUCCCCCAAGAGGCACCUCAGGAAGAAGCUCCUGUACAGGAUAUUGAAAGAGACUUGAAACAAAUUAGAGUUCAGACCAUAAAGGAAAGUAACAUUCCAGAACAGAACUGUAAAGCUAAGAGAGGAGUGAAAUUUGAAAUUAGUUUAAACCAAUGUAUUUCUGAUGAAAAAACCCUCCAAGAGGAAGAGGUAACGGAUGUGCGAAAUGAAACUUUGACCUUUGAGGAUGACAUGAAGCUUAAGGAGUAUGAAGAUUAUACAGACAAAGCAUUUGAAAAACUCUGUUGUCCAGAAGCAGAGUUGUUCAUUCAAGAUACUGGUGCUGCUGCAGAGAACAGGAGACAGUGGGACGCACGAGCUCCUCAGACUCUCCUGGCGAUGAUGGCAGCGGGUGACAUGACCUCCACCUGUUCCACUCUGCUGGGCGGGGAAUCUACACUCGUUCAGUGUGGCCAAGGGAUUGUGACUGAAGGCGUUCCAGAAAAUAGGAAACAGUGGCGGCACGAAGUGCCAGGAGCUUUAAUGAACGCUUUGGCUGCAGCACGUCUAACAAGUAGCUCAUUUUCUGCCAACGAAGGAGAAUUGGUGGGAACAUUAAAACAGUGGCUUCCUAGAGAAGAUGAGGGAAAUGUGGGAAUGGCCCCUGGCAUUGAAGUAGAUGAGGAACAACCAAGAUUGGACGAUGAUGAUACAAAUUUUGAAGAAUCUGAAGAUGAGUUGAGAAAUGAAGUAAUAGAAUCCCUAGAAAAACUUGCUACUUCUAAAGAGGAAGAAAACAGAGAAGAGUCUCCUGGUUUUUCUAAGGGUGCUGGAAAGUUAGGAGGAGAGGAGAUAACCAUACAGAAAUAUGCAGAAUUCAGUGAAGGUUUAGAGAAUAUUUCUACUCUAUCUAAUGACAAAGUAUGCAUUGCUGAUGAAAACCAAGAAACAUCAACAACCCAUCAAAAUGUACAAGUGUGAUUAUUGUAC